UCCUUUAAAUUCUCACUGGUUUUCUGAUUCUGCUCAGUUUCGCAUUGUUCGUAGAAUCUGUACUAUCAGAAAAGAUAUCAGCAAAAUGACAUCUUAUCUUCGCAUUGUCGGUAUUUUAUCUGCUUUUGUACUUGUACAAUGCGAAAUUGCACCAGAAAUAAGGAGUCAGAUAGAUGAAUGUCUCACGGAAUUCGAAUUAACAAAAGAGAUGCUGAAAUCGCCCGAUUUCGAAGAUCCUAAGAUAAAAUGUUUCGCUGCAUGCGUGAUGAAGAAAGGCGAUCGUUUAACAGAAGGAAAAGCUUCGGUAGAUAAAGAAGUUGAGUUGGCCAAGAUGUACAUGUCGGACCAAAUCGAUGAUUCUCUCGAAGAAAAUUUUACCGGAUGCGUGAAUGAAGCAAAUGAAGAAAAAGACGAUUGUGCUGUUGCCGGUUCUUUGUUCAAGUGCAUAGUAGAAAAAUACAAAAUCCCAGAGCUGUAAAUAGAAUAAUAACCUAAGGAUAAAAGAUAGUUAUAGUGUCGAUAUCUCACUAUGCUUCAUAAUUUCUUACAGCUAUGUCUUAUUGCAAAUAAACUUUAAUUGCAGCAGAAA